AUGGGAGACUGGAAUUUCCUUGGAGGCAUUUUAGAGGAGGUCCACAUUCAUUCCACUAUUAUUGGAAAGAUUUGGCUAACGAUCCUCUUCAUAUUCCGAAUGCUUGUCCUCGGAGUGGCAACCGAGGAUGUUUGGAAUGAUGAACAAUCAGAAUUUAUAUGCAAUACUGAGCAGCCUGGUUGCAGAAAUGUGUGCUAUGAUGAGGCCUUUCCCAUCUCUCUCAUAAGAUACUGGGUCUUGCAAGUUAUAUUUGUGUCUUCCCCUUCCUUGGUGUAUAUGGGUCAUGCCUUAUACAGACUAAGAGCCUUGGAAAAAGAGAGGCAAAAAAAGAAAGCUCAGGUAAGGGUGGAACUUGAAAGCACUGAAUUAGAAAUGACUGAAAAUCGUAAAAGACUGGAGAGAGAACUCCGGCAAUUGGAUCAGAGAAAGCUAAAUAAAGCACCCCUAAGAGGAUCUUUGCUCUGCACUUACGUGAUACAUAUUUUCACCAGAUCUGCAGUGGAAGUUGGCUUUAUGAUUGGGCAGUAUCUUCUUUAUGGCUUUCACUUAGACCCCCUUUAUAAAUGUCAGAGAGAGCCAUGUCCAAACACAGUUGACUGCUUUGUAUCUAGACCAACAGAAAAGACAGUGUUUAUAUUAUUCAUGCAAUCAAUAGCGACUGUAUCAUUGCUUUUAAAUAUUCUAGAAAUUAUCCACUUAGGAUUCCGAAAAAUCAAAAUGGGACUCUGUGAGCAGAAUAAAAACAAGGAUGACUGUGACAAUUUCUAUAUAAACAAAUCCCAGAAAUACUCUGUGAUACCACACUCUUCUUUGGAAAUACCCACCACCCCUCAGAAAACACUUCCUUGUGCUCUUAGCAGUCAUACCUUUUUGAUGGAAAAGCAAACUGACACUAUGCUCUACCCAGUUUUAAAUUCUUCCAUGUUCCAGUCUGUGCAACAUAACCGUACAGAAAGCAGCAGCAAUUACACCCAUUGCAAUCAGGAAAGUAAAUCUCUGAAUAAAAGGCCAGCUACAAAUGCUUUAGACAAUCAGACUCAAAAUGCUAGCACAAAUAAUAACGAAGGCUUUCUUGGAGAGCUUUGGGCUGAGAUGCAUGAUGUACAAGAAGAGGCUGAAAAGAAACGUUUUCUUGUUGUUACUCAGAAUGCAGAUACAGCUUCAAACUUUUACUCGAGAAGCUUUGCUGAGAUGCCAUCUCAAACUUCGUUGCAACCUGGUACAACUUUUCCUAGUACCAGUUUUAGCCAACAGGCAAUGGUUGAGAGCCCAGGAGCACCAAAAAGUUCUCUUCUGAAGAACAGUGACAGAAGACAAAGCAAUUUCAGUGUAAACAAAGCCCAAAUUCCUUACGAUGCUGAUGUAAAAAAAUCCUGCCGACCAGACACUUCUGAUUCUAUGGGGGUGGUGAGCUCAGAAUCUACACAAAGCAGAAACUGGAAUAGUCCUAAGCUUUUCUCUCCCUCUAGGCAACAGGCACUGUCAAGUAAUGCCUGCAGUAGGCGUGCCCCCACAGAUCUUCAAAUAUAG